UCUUUAGUUCCAACCAAGCAAGUCAAGAUGUUCAUCAAGUGCUUUCUUCUGCUGUCGGCAAUCAACUUCCUGUCCGCAGGACGAGUUCCCCAACCGGAAGAACGCAUCAUCGGUGGAAAAGAUAUUGAAAUAGAAGGGGCUCCGUGGCAGGUGUCCAUACAACUUCGUGGAAGACACCAUUGUGGUGGCUCUAUUUACAGCAAGGACAUUAUCAUCACUGCCGCUCACUGCUUUACGUUAGAUGGUAAGCAAAUUGAAGCCAAACACUACCAAGUUCGCGUAGGAUCCUCAAUGAAAAACAGCAAAGGGACUCUCAUCCCAGUAGCAGCAAUUAAGUCCCACGAUAAGUUUUUCAAACCUACAGCAGUAAACGACAUUGCUGUGAUGCGAUUGAGUAAGCCGAUUGAGUUCUCCAGCAAAGUGCAGGCGAUCCCCUUAGCCAAAAAGAAUCCAACCCCUGAAACUCUUGCGAUGACUUCUGGUUGGGGAGCAAUUUAUGUUACAUUUUUCGGAAUGCAAUAUCCCGAACACCUUCAAGGCGCACAACUCCGUAUUGAAAACUGUCGCCAAUUUCCUUUCACCACCGAGGACAACAUUUGUACCACUGGAAAAUCGGCUUGUUCUGGCGACUCUGGUGGACCUUUGGUUGUUAACCAGCAACUUGUCGGUGUUACCUCAUUUACCCAAGGCGACUAUUGCGAUGAUUUUGUGGCCUUCGCAGGUGUCCCUUCUUUCCAGAACUGGAUAUUAAAUGCCAUUGAAUCUAUUUGAAGGUUAAACUUUCAAAAGAAAAUCAAUAUGUUUAUAAAGAAUACAGCAAAACAAGGUUUUCAUUUAAAUGAAUUUUUUUAUAUGAUUUCAUGUUUUUAUCAAAAAAAUUUUACUAAUAUUAAUAAAAAACUAAAUUAUGUACUUA